UAUGGAAGAAUAAACUUAAGAACGUUUAUCAUAAUUAUAAGACAUCCUAGCUCUUAGUGAUGUUCCGAAAAUUACAAAAAAGCUAUCCAAAUUUGGAUUCACUUGUUCUGAGUUACUUUAAUAAUUAGUUGAAACCAAUCAUAAUCAGGGUAUUUAAAUUUUGCAAUCAUAUUCAAACAACUUUACAGAAUUAAAAGGAAAAUCAUUCGUAGCCUUAAUCUUGUAUCUCUCAACUCAAGAACCCAAUAUUGAAGCAAUCUUAUUAGCUGAUAAAUUGUUAUAGUCUACUCAAUAUGUGGGGAACUUUGUGAAGAAUUAUGAAAAAGCUAUUUUAGAUGAUAGUCCUUUUAGUCAAUAAAUUGUUAAUCAUAUAGUCUAAAACAAAACCAAUGUCCCUAAUUUCAAUCUCAUUUUUGAGAAAUUGUUUUAAUUAUGUAAAUAAAAAAAAUUGGAUAACAUUCAUGAAUUUGAAUAGUUGAUGAAGACUUAGAAAGAUGUUGUUUUAAUUAUUGACAAACCAAUAAUAAAGAUAUUUCCAUUGACUCCUAGAAUUAAAUCUGAGUAUCUACCAAAGCAUCUAUAAAUUAAGAAAACAUAAAAUGCUAUUUCUAAAUAAGAAGAAUUACGAUCAAUGCAAAAAAAAAAAAUAAUGACUAAAAAGAAAUUAAUGAGAGAACUUUAUAAAGAAUAAAAUCAAUUACAUAAAAUUAAAAAAGAGAAACUUCUUCAUCAACUUGACAAAUAAAAAGAUGGAUAUAAAAAGUAAAAAUUAUUAUAAUAACUUUAGAGGAUUAAGAUUGUUAGAAGAAUAAUAAAUGGAAUUAAAGAAACUCAAAACAAUGCAAUUAAAUAUCAAGAGAAAUAAAAAGAAAUCUUCUAGAAAGGGUGGAAAUAAACAAUGA